AUGAUUCUUCUGGUAUGCGUACUUAUUGUUAUUGUAUUUGGGUCUGACAUAUCCUCGAUGGCCAAACAAGACGAAGAUACUGUUUCCUUGGACUGGGAAAAAUGUAUUUUGUGUCAGGAAACAACGAAGGAGCAGCUCCAAUGUCCAGGGAAUUCUCGCAGAUCAGAUAUCGAAUAUGGGACAGGAUAUAAUUCCCUAGCGGAACGUAUUCACAAAUUCAAGGAGCUAGGGUUUAUGCCAAUAUCUUUAGAUAUAGAAAAGUUGGAUGAAGGUGUUGGCAUACCAGCAACAUUGAUGAAGCGUAAAGCGAAAUGGCAUAAAACGUGUAGAAACAAAUUUAGUGACAUGAAGCUAAAAAGAGCACAAAAAAGGAAAAUUCAAGAAGAUUUGCCAAGUUCUCAAGUAAAGUCUAAAUUCACUAGACAAAGCUCUGGUGCAGCAUCUUCGAUGACUAAAGAAGUAAGCUGUUUUUUCUGCUCCGGUGCCACAGGUACACUUCAUCAAGCAUCCACUUUUAAUGUAGAUGCAAGGGUGCGAGAGUGUGCACAUCAGUUGCAAGAUGAGGUCCUAAUCGCAAAACUAAGUGCCGGCGAUUUGAUCUCUCAGGAAGCCGUGUAUCAUACAAAGUGCCUGGUGUUGCUCUAUAACAAGGCAGAGAGAUUAAAUCAGAAUCCUACAAGCAGUGAUGAGAAGGUAAUCCAGGGUAUGGCUCUAGCACAGCUCGUCGCUUAUCUUGAAGAAACUCGUGCAGAGUCCGCAGAUAGCAUUCCCGUGUUUACGCUAGCAGAACUUACAGCCAUGUACACCCGUUUCCUGAAACACUAUGGUAGCGAUUUGUCGGGUAGAGUACACUCCACUGACCUAAAGGAGAGAAUUUUAGCAAAUGUUCCAGGCUUGCAGGCGCACAAGAAAGGCCGAGACAUAGUGAUGGCAUUCAGUGAAGAUGUUGGCAAAGCGCUCGAACUGACUCGCUUUAGGGAUUUUGAUGAUGAAGCAAUAAUCCUACUUAAAGCAAGCAAGAUCAUUCGUCGAGAUAUAAUAGCCACGAAAACGCAAUUCAGUGGAACAUUUGAUAAAGAUUCUCAACAAGAAUCAAUUCCACAGUCCCUUAAAACGUUAAUAGGAUUGAUCUUAGAGGCAACAGAUAUCAAAACUCCGUCUAGUCGUGUGAGUGAUGCGCAGCCUACACUAAGUAUAUCACAACUCAUGCUUUUUAAUACCAGCAUACGGCGUCGUUGUAGUGAAGCAACUGGUUCAGCUUAUUAUCACUCUCGAGAUCGCGAACCACCACUGCCAAUAUAUCUUGGCCUCAUGACUCACGCAGAAACAAGAAAGAGAACACUGGUCGAUAAACUCUAUAGUCUUGGACUGUCAAUUUCGUAUGACAGGGUGCUAGAAUUAUCUACUGACUUGGGCAAUAGUGUUUGUUCGCGGUUUGAGUCUGAAGGGGUUGUUUGCCCGCCCAAGCUUAAUAAAGGAGUAUUUACAACAGCUGCCAUGGAUAACAUUGACCAUAACCCGUCAUCUACAACCGCUCAAGGUGCUUUCCAUGGAACAGGUAUAUCUUUAUUCCAACACCCAUCUGAUGGUGCACCAGGUGAAGCGCGAGAUGUAGUUAGCAUAGACAAUCAGCCCUCCAAGAGAAAGCGUCUUUCUCAACUUCCGGAUUCUUACACACUUGUUAAGCCCGUCAUUCUCCCCAAGAAUGAACCCGUUGUGCCGCCUCUUCAAGUGUCAUUUGUGAGCAAUUACCUUGAAAUGACACAAGCUUUUAGUAUGGAGUAUAAAUGGCUGGAACAUGUGAGAGACGAGGUUAACAAAGACAUAACGGAAGAGAUAAAGAAAGUUUCAUGGGCAGCAUAUCACGAAAAUCAAGUCCAGCCUCCAGGUCAAUUGGAUACGACCUCGCUGCUCCCGCUCUUUCAAGAGGAGGCUGCCUCCCCAGCUAUGAUUUGUCAUUCAAUGGACGUAGUUAUUAAGGCGGUCAAUUAUCUUAAUCCUGGGCAGACACCUGUGUUUGCUUGUGAUCAGCCAAUCUAUGCAAUGGCAAAGAAGAUUCAGUGGAACUGGCCAUCCACGUAUGGAGAAAGUAGCAUAGUUAUGAUGUUUGGAGGGCUGCAUACUGAGCUUGCCGCUCUUAAGGCAUUGGGGACCUGGAUUGAGGGUAGUGGUUGGACAAGCGCCCUAGUGCAAGCGGGCAUAACAACUCCUGGAACAGCCGACUCCUUUCUCAAGGCGUCACACGUUUCACGCACCCGACACGCCCACCAGAUUACUGCUUGUGCUUUGUACACACUGAUGGACAAGGCAUACAAGCACUACUGCAAUUGCAUCUCGGAAGAAGAAGAACCCAAAACGUUUAUGGAGUGGCGCAAGCAAGCAGAGCUGGCUAGUCCUCAGUUCCACUACUGGUCUCUCACCCUUCGCUUUGAGCUCACCACAUUAAUAUUUGUAAGGUCUCUUCGAGAGGGGAACUUCGAACUAUACAAAGAGUCAUGUAAAAGACUUGCACCCUGGUUUUUUGCAUUAGACCGCACAAACUAUGCUAGGUGGCUGCCCGUCCACAUUCGCGACAUGGAGUCCCUGGACACGAAACUACCCAAUUUGGCUGCACAAUUCAGGAAAGGCCAUUUCGUGGUGAACAAGACAAACCGGUCAUUUUCUGCACUACCCAUUGACCACGCCCAUGAACAGAAUAAUAAGAUUGUGAAAGGGGAUGGUGGUGCCAUUGGCCUUACAGAGAGCCCAACUCAAUUAAUGCGUUGGAUGGUGUCAGGGCCAGAAAUGUCUAGAAUCAUUAACGAAUUCGAGGUUUCCCAGGAACUACUAAAAUCAACAUCCGAUGAUAGAAAGCAUCGACACCACGAAGAAACAAGAGGAGUUCAAAGUACUUUCCAAAGUGAGGUCCAAUCACUUUCCAAUGUAAUUAGUGAGAUGGGUAACCCUUUCUUAGACCAGAGUGGGGACUUGCUUAUCUUAGAUACGCGAGACAUUAUGGAUGCCACAGUGGUGAAAUCAGUUAGAACUGUAGAGGAACUAGGCCAGAAGCAAUUUCAGGAGUUUUGCACAACCAGGCUUGAUGAGCGAAAAAUCUCGCUUUUUGAUGUUAUCAAGAGAAACAAGAUACAGCUGUUUAGUAGUCCUCCGGCUCCUAAAGAGACAACCAAGGAUAAGAUGAAAAUAGCUUCACUAAAGAGCAACUGCUCCCUGUUUUCACGCCUGUACAUCUCAUGUCAGGUUAGAGAAGGUGACUUAGACAGCUUCUUUACUCACGAGAACCAGAGCUACCCGCCUUCCUUGUCUCAGUAUGGAACUCUAAGAUCAGGAAACAAGUCAGAUUUGCUAUUCUGUCUAGAAAGGUUGUGUCCUGCUAAAGCGGAAAAGCCUUCCGUUGACGUUCUAUUAUUAGAUGGGGCAGCCAUUGUGAACAUGCUUAAACCCACCGGAGCUUGCAAGACGUUUGCAGAAUACAGUCAGUUUGUUUUUAUACCAUACGUAACCAGGGAGCUUGAAAGUGUUAAGAGGGUAGAUGUGGUGUGGGACAGAUACCUCUCAAACAGUCUGAAGGAUUGCACUAGAAGAAAGAGAGGAAAUGGCUCACGACGACGAGUCCAGCCAGACACAAAGAUUCCUGGAAACUGGGCUGCUUUUCUGAGAGUGGAUGAGAACAAGGUGGAGCUUUUCCAUUUCCUGGCCGAGCAGCUAAUCACAAUCUCAAAUGUCCAUGGACAGGUAGUAACUACCAAAGACGAAUCAGUGCUCUUUAACGAUGAAAGAAAUGACAUCACUAACCUGGCGCCAUGUGGACAUGAAGAGGCCGACACAAGGCUCUUGCUGCAUGUGGCUGACGCUGCAAACCAAGGAUUCACUAAGGUAAUGGUACGCACAGUUGACACCGAUGUUGUAGUGAUCUCAGUGGCAGCAUUUCACCAGAUUCAACUUUCUGAACUUUGGGUUGCCUUUGGUACUGGAAAACACUUUAGGUACCUGCCUGUUCACGAUAUUUGCCAGCAUAUCGGUCCAAUUAAGUCUCAAGCACUUCUCGCCUUUCACGCUUUCACUGGGUGUGACCAAACAUCCUUCUUCGCACACCGCGGAAAGAAGACAGCCUGGAAGCUUGGGAUGCUUUCAGUGAAGUGA